UCUCACUCUCAGUACAGUGCUUUGAAACGUGAAAUCUUGUCUCCAUCCUCCUCAAUUUCUUACUCUGCCUCUUCGAUCUCUCCUCAAGAUGGAAACCACAAUCGCUUGUUCUGCUAUGAAGUUUUGAAUCCACCUUUUAAUCCUCUUCAAUCUCUUGCUCUGACUCUUCGAUUUCUCUUCCGCCACUGUCAUCGAAGCCUUCGUCGCGCCAUCGUCACCGUCAAUGUGAGUUCUCUACUCUAGGAUCUGAAUUGGAAACUCUUAAGGUACGUAGCACAUAAUCUAUUGUUUUAUGCUUGUGUUCUUGUGUUUAAAGUUAAUCUCGUUGAAUUGAAUCCAUGUCUUCUGAAAAUUGUGCCUUUUGUUAAUCUCAUGCUUCACUACUCAUUUCAAUCAUUUUGGAAAUGAAAAGGUUGAUUUGAUAGGUUCACCGUUCACAAGUCUUUCAUGCUAGUUCUCUUACCUGAUUGUGCCUUAAGCGAUUCAUCAACAUCAUGCAAUGGAGUUUCUUAUUGCAGAUCGAAAAAGAGAAACUUCAACAGCACAAAAAUUAUGAAUAAAGAUGGGAAAUCGUCGCUGCUUUCGCUUGUGAAGGCCUUUGAUCCUGUUCUAGCUGUUUAUGAAGGUUUCUGCAAUUUGAAACAGGUGGAUCUCAAGCUCAAAAUUUGCCGUGGUUCAUCAGUGAAGAAGAUUUUGGUCAGGGAAGCCAUUGCUUAUUCUGCAACUCAUCUUGUGCUGGGAACAUGCCAUGGCCACCAUAAAAUCCGGUCAUCUACCUCUGUGGCUAAGUACUGUGCCAAAAAGUUGUCUAAGGACUGUUCUGUUUGUGCUGUUAAUAAUGGGAAGGUUGUCUUCAAGAGUGAUGGCUUGCCAGAUACGGCUGCCCUCGACUCACAAGGUCACAGAAAUGGUUUGCUUGGUUCAAAUCACUGGAAAAUCAGUAAGAGUACAAAAGUGCUAAGUGAUGAGAGUGCAAAGAGUGAUGCUGGUAAGAGUACUGGCCAAUUUUCGGAUCACAGUUUGGCGAAGAUUUUAAUGGAUACUACUGAGUUUGAUAGAAAAGAUAGCUGCUCGGUUUGUGAUCCAACCUUGGCAUUGCCGCCUCCAGACUCUUGCCACCAAUCUGCAGAAGAAGAAUCUUGCAAUGAUCGUGGUUAUGAUAAUUCCUUGGCUAUAGUGCCCGUUCCGGCCAUAGAUGCCGCACCACCUGAAUUGAAACCAGGCUGGCCACUACUUCACUAGAGAAUCUUAUCAGAAACUCAGUUUCCUGAUAGACUAUCGGCACGCCAGAUCUCUGUGGUCCAGUGGGCAAUGAGGUUGCCUAGUAGGAAUCUUUCAUAUGCUUCGGAUCAAGAUCGCAAGCCUCAAGAUGAAUCUGUGCCUUUGGAUAGUGAAACUGGUGCUGUUGUUCCAGUAGAUUAUGGAAUAGUGAAUCUGUGCUGUUGUGCCACCCUAAAAUGGUGCUGGGGCAUGCAGGUUAAAAUCUGCAAUGGGAAGGUAAUAGAAGUGGCGGCUUCAGAGAAAGGGUUUUAUACUGUUGGAAAACAAUCUCUGCAAAGUAACACUUUGGUUGAUCUUCUGCAACAGCUAAGUCGAGGUUUCGCUAAUGCAUAUGAAUCUUUAAUGAAAGCUUUCUCUGAAGUCUGAACAUAACAAGUUUGGCAAUCUUCCAUAUGGAUUCCAAGCAAAUACCUGGCUUGUCCCUCCAUCUGUUGCUGAGUCACCUUCAAACUUCUCCCUCAAUUUCAAAUUGCUACAUAGGAAGAUCGUUAUGAUGACACAAACUUGUAGGCGAGGAUAAUCCGGUGAGCAGGUGAAUUGUGAAUUUUGUGCACUGCUGCUGUUGUUACUGUAUUUUGGUUAAAGACAUAAGAUGUUUGGUUUAUCUAGAGCUAACUUGGAGUGCCUGUUUUGAGGAUUCAGUCAGAUAUAGAGAUAGAAGUUACAUGGGGGAAUGUUGAAAAGGAGAGAGUGGUCAGAGAUAGAAAAGCUUUCCUGCUGCACAGUCGAUUUGUUGAUACCUCGAUAUUCAUAGCCAUCAAGGCAAUACAGCAUGUCAUGGAAUCCAAUAUAAAGAAUGAAUCAAAUUCUCCAAGUUCAAUUCUGCAUGAAGAGCGCGCAGGAGACUUAUCAGUUGUUGUCAAAUGCGAUGUUCGCAAUGGAAAUAGAGUUUAAGUGCUAUAAGUAUUUUUU